UCAAAAUUAGUCAAGUACAAUAAUAUCAAGAAACCUUCAAUAGAUGAAAGUGAGUAAUUCUUCUUAGUUGCAGUAAGUUUCAUAUAGAGAACAGAAGUAGACACACAAGUACAGAACAAAGGAAGUAAAAGAAAAAGGAGAAGUGGGAUCAGCUAGAAACUACUAUCUGUAAAAUUUGGCAUAUACAAUAAAUAUAUAUAUAUCCACAGAGCUAACAUCUGUUUCAACAUUGAAUUUUGUGUCAAAUCUGUUACACCAUUUAAGUCUUUCCAUGGAGGUGAGUGCUGGUCUAGUUGCAGGCACUCACAACAAGGAUGAAAUAGUUAUUAUUCGUCGCGAUAGUGAAUUUUCUGCAAGGCCAAUGGAGCAGCUGAGUGGUCAAAUUUGCAAAAUAUGUGGUGAUGAAGUCGGGUUCACAGUAGAUGGAGAGCCCUUUAUAGCUUGCAAUGAAUGUGCUUUUCCAGUUUGUAGAACUUGUUAUGAUUAUGAGCGGCGUGAAGGUAGCCAAGUUUGUCCACAGUGCAAAACUCGUUUCAAUCGUCUAAAAGGGUGUCCUAGAGUACAUGGUGAUGAGGAAGAAGAUAACAUUGAUGAUGUUGACAACGAGUUCAAUUUUGAAAAUGAUCGCGUGAAACAUGAUUUCCAGUGUUAUGGUUUCGAGCAUUUUGACUCCAGCCACCAAAUUCCACGAGUUCCCAGUGUUAUGCAUAUGCCUUAUCAUGUUAUGGUAGAUGAUGAUAUCGAUCCAGACAAACAUGCACUAGUACCGAUGGGGUCAGCAGGGCUCUGUGGCAAAGGGGCACUUUCCCUUCCCUACCGAUAUACCAACAAUAGAGUGCAAUCGCUGGAUCCGUCAAAGGACUUAGCUCUUUAUGGCUAUGGAAGUAUAGCUUGGAAGGAGAGGAUGGAAAGUUGGAAACAAAAGAUGACGAAAGAUAGUGGUGACAAAGACGGGGAUAAUAAUGAAGAUGAAUUUGAUUUAUCAGUGUUGAAUGAAGCAAGACAACCAUUAUCAAGGAGAUUGCCAAUUCCAUCUAGCCAAAUCAACCCGUACAGAAUUGUCAUCAUAAUUCGGCUGGUUGUUCUUGGUUUUUUCUUUCAUUAUAGGGUCACUCAUCCUGUUACCGAUGCUUAUGGAUUGUGGCUAGUCUCUGUAAUAUGUGAAAUUUGGUUUGCUGUUUCAUGGAUCCUUGAUCAAUUCCCUAAGUGGCUUCCCAUUGAAAGGGAAACUUACCUUGACCGAUUGUCCCUCAGAUAUGAAAAAGAAGGGCAGCCUUCUCAACUUUCUGUAGUGGAUAUAUUCGUGAGUACUGUAGAUCCACUUAAAGAACCUCCUCUGGUGACUGCAAACACGGUUUUGUCCAUUCUGGCUGUGGACUACCCAGUCAAUAAGGUGUCAUGCUAUGUAUCGGAUGAUGGGGCUUCUAUGCUGACCUUUGAAGCAUUAUCAGAAACAGCUGAGUUUGCUAAGAAAUGGAUUCCUUUCUGCAAGAAAUUUAAUAUUGAGCCUCGCGCUCCUGAGUCGUAUUUUUCUCAGAAUAUGGAUUAUCUCCAAGGCAAGGUUUUGACUUCAUUUAUAAAAGAACGACGAGCAAUGAAGAGAGAUUAUGAGGUAUUUAAAGUACGUGUAAAUGCUCUGGUUGCUAAAGCGCAAAAUGUACCUGAGGAAGGGUGGACAAUGCAGGAUGGAACUCCUUGGCCUGGGAAUAAUGUUAGAGAUCAUCCUGGCAUGAUUCAGGUCAUCCUAGGCCAGAAGGGGGGGCUGGAUACAGAUGGAAAGGAAUUACCUCGACUAGUAUAUGUAUCCAGAGAAAAAAGACCUGGAUUCAACCAUCACAAGAAGGCUGGUGCAAUGAAUGCUCUGGUCAGGGUAUCUGCUGUGCUCACUAAUGCUCCUUACUUGUUGAAUUUGGAUUGUGAUCACUAUAUCAACAACAGCAAAGCCAUUAGGGAAGCUAUGUGUUUCAUGAUGGAUCCAUCGCUCGGGAAGAGUGUUUGCUAUGUUCAGUUCCCUCAGAGAUUUGAUGGCAUUGACAGGAAUGAUCGAUAUGCUAAUAGGAACACGGUGUUCUUUGAUAUUAACAUGAAAGGAUUAGAUGGAAUUCAAGGACCUAUAUACAUUGGAACUGGAUGUAUGUUCAGACGCCAGGCACUCUAUGGACUCGAUGCGCCCAAGCAGAAGAAAGCUCCGUCGAGGAUAUGCAAUUGCUGGUUAAACUGGUGCUGCUACAAAAGUUGUUGCUGCAGAAGGAAAAGGAAAAAUAAGAAGCCUAAUUCAGAGGUCAAGCCUCUUUUAAAUGACGAAGACUCCCUUGACUUAGUGGUCUCACAAGAGGGCACCCAAGGUGACAAUCAAGCUCAAAUCUCUGACCACAAGUUAGAAAACAAAUUUGGCCAAUCUCCGGUUUUUGUUGUAUCAACACUGCUAGAAAAUGGUGGGACUUUUAAAAGUGCUAGUACAGCUUCUCUGCUAAAAGAGGCUAUUUAUGUAAUAAGCUGUUGCUAUGAAGAUGAAACAGAGUGGGGAAAAGAGAUUGGCUGGAUAUAUGGUUCAGUCACAGAGGACAUAUUAACAGGCUUCAAAAUGCAUUGUCAUGGCUGGAGAUCCAUAUAUUGCAUUCCUAAAAGGCCUGCAUUUAAAGGAUCAGCACCGAUCAAUCUAUCAGAUCGUCUCCACCAAGUCCUUCGAUGGGCUCUUGGUUCUAUUGAAAUUUUUUUCAGCAGGCAUUGUCCUCUCUGGUAUGGAUGUGGUGGUGGUCUCAAUUGGCUCGAACGUUUCUCAUACAUAAGUUCCACCAUUUAUCCUUUCACAUCUCUUCCCCUCGUCGCUUAUUGCACUCUACCUGCUGUAUGCUUGCUCACAGGAGACUUCAUUACACCCGAGCUUGACAAUUCUGCUGCCCUAUGGUUUUUGUCGCUUUUCAUUUGCAUUUUUGCAACAAGCAUUCUUGAAAUGAGAUGGAGUGGAGUAGCGAUACAUGAAUGGUGGAGGAACGAACAAUUUUGGGUGAUCGGAGGUGUUUCAGCACAUCUAUUCGCUGUGUUCCAAGGUUUACUAAAGGUGUUAGCCGGUGUGGACACAAACUUCACAGUAACAUCAAAAUCCGGGGACUAUGAAGAAUUCUCAGAGCUUUAUGCAUUCAAAUGGACAACUCUUCUCAUUCCACCAACCACAUUGUUGCUACUAAACAUUAUAGGAUUUGUUGCUGGUAUCUCCAAUGCUAUAAACAAUGGAUACGAUUCAUGGGGGCCGUUAUUUGGGAAGCUAUUUUUUGCUUUCUGGGUGAUUAUUCAUCUCUAUCCAUUCCUGAAAGGACUUUUGGGUAGAAAGAACAGAACACCGAUGAUCAUCAUUGUCUGGUCAAUCUUACUUGCUUCCAUAUUUUCACUUUUAUGGGUAAGGAUUGAUCCAUUUUCGGCGAAAACGGAUGGUCCACUUCUUGAAGAGUGUGGAUUGGAUUGUAACUAGUAUGGAAAUAAGUUCAAACUCAUAAAUAGAAGAAGAUAUUUAUGAGUUCCUAAAGUAAA